AUGAACCCAGAUCCCAACGGAUAUGCGUACUCGCCAGCACCUCCAUAUCCAUCUCACCACGAACAGGCCCACCUGAAUAUGCCGCAGCCACAGGUGCCGCGGACUGGUUCGCGCGCCCCAAGUCCAAACCCGGAGCCAUACAGCUACCCUGAACCCCAGCGCCCCUCCUCAAAUAACACGAACACUGGGCAUAUAGACGAUGCAGUGAGCUCCGCAUUUCACAAUAGUGGCUCCACAGGCUACCUCUCCCCAGAAGUUCUGUCUCAAAUCACAGCGACAGUGAUUCAGCAGCUCAAGACAACUGGGUUAGACAACAUACAAGGAUCCGGUGCGGCCCCGCCCCGCUCGCAAUCGCAGCAGCCACCAUGGCAAACAGAUUCCUCAUUGCAGCCGAACGCAGAGUUUACCCCUGGAAUACCUCCUCAAAGAAGCAGUUCAAUUCCCCCGCCCAGUUCGGCCGCCGACAAUAUCCAUACUGGGAAUUUCCAGCCCUACGUCCCCUCCGGUUACGCUAGUGAUAGUUAUCUCAGCCUGAAACCUACUCCAGAAUCCGUUCCAGAAAGUGGUUCUAUAGCGAGUGAGAAUAGUGAUCGGAGUCACCAUAGCUACCAUAAGGCAGAGCGCCCGAAGCCUCCGGACCGGGACGCUACUGUUAUGGAGAUGACUACUCUGGAGCGGAUUUGGGGUAAAUUGUUUGAGGAUGGCAAGGCGACAAAGAGACUUGGACAAUUCUUACGGGGGAUCGCUGUUCAUCUGAUUGAGGACUAUCCGCCGGGAAACACUAUUGUCAUCCCUCCUCACAAGUUACAGAAGUUCUAUCGUGAUACUCAUGAUCCAAGCGACCCUUAUCCAUGGCAAGACAUCUUCGACGAUCGUACAUCGUCGAUAUCCCGACUAUUCCGCGAACUCAAGGUCGAACAUCAUCUCAUCCAAGAUGAUAUAGAAAAGCGCCCAGAUAUCCCAGGCCUAACCCCCAAAGGCUUCGAGACCUGGGCAACCUUGAUGAUCCUCGCAAACCCAGGGCGCGAAUACGAGCGACUCCAAAAAGCAGUCCUCAACAUGCCCAUCAACAACCCAGACGACAAGAAAGAGCGCUUCCCGAAGGAACUCCCGCGUCGCCUCUUCCCAGAAGUCGGAGAUAUCGCAAUCAGAGAGGACAUCGAGGACCGCAUGAUGAUCCACUGCGGCGUCGAUCUCCCAUACAUCACCCCUGAAGAACGCAACCAAUCCACCCGACCAACCCGAUCAUCCACCACAACCGGAUCACCCACAGAACGAGCCCACUCAUACGAGCGAGGCCGACCCCGCCCCACCGGCUCAACCCCAAGAUCAGCCCAACCACAACCGAGACCCGUCUCAACUGCCGUUACAGACGAUGAAGACGAACCUGCCCCCUCAGUGCCAAUCGAGCGCGAACGCAAGCCCUACACCGCAAAUCCAGGUGUCGGCAAAGUCUACGACGAAUCAGCCCCGAGCCGCAGUCACGCGAGCUCCUUUUCCACGUCCCGACCCUCAGACUCGACCUACAAGGGACCAGCAUCAGGACCAACUCCAGCAUACAUGUCUGACUCUUAUGACCGCGACCCGCAUUUCUCACGCUCGGGAUCUGGUCAUUCUACCGAUAAACGGUUCUCACAUGACUCCCGUAGCUCGUCGCAGAGCGGAAAGCACCACAGAGGCGGUGACUACAGGCAUUCGGAGAGUGAUUUGCAUGGUCGUGAUCAUUCGGCUAGAUAUUCAGGUCUAUCGGCGCAUGAUUUGGCGUAUAGCGAGUCGCCUACUGCGAACGAUGAUGAUGCGCGCAGGUAUCAUCGCGGUAGUCGGGGCAGUGAAGAGGAGUAUUAUCGGAGUGGACAGAAUGGGGGUUCUGGGGCUUGGUAUGAUAAGUAUGAUAAGUAUGCAUACCGGUGA